AUGUUGGCACUUUCAGUGGCCAUCGCAACUCUGCUAUGCUUCGGUCUAUUCUACCUCGGUUUUAUACAAUCGCACCACUUUCGGCGACUCUUGCAGAAGACGUGCCAACCUCACACGGUUUCAAACCCCCCAAAGGAAAGACAUACCGCAUUGCCUUCAGCGAUGCACAAUAGCCCACUAUCCCCCUACCAAAUACCUUCGAGUCGAGUGCAGCAACAGCAAGGCUCCCGAUUAGCGGCACCCGUUCCAUUCAUAAAGGAGUAUUCCGACCAAAGAGCAACCUACUUUGAGGAGCUGUCGAAGGUUCAUGAUUCAAUUGCUGAGUGUGAAGAGGUGACGACCGAAGCCCAAACUUACCGACCCAUACCGCUGCCGAGGAGUGGCAAGCCGUAUUUAUCGCCCAAAGUCAAUAUUGCUAAUAGAAUCAGCAAAGGCGGGAAAGAAGAGGAGGAGGAAGGGGAAGAGGGAGGAGGAGAAUAA